CCAAAAGUACUCACGUGCAUGUCACGGCGGAGCAUCCUCGACCUGUUGCAUUGGAAGAAGAAAUAUAUUACAUUGUGUUAGUAAUAAAUUAACAACAUUUUAGGGUGCUCAUACAGGUAUGUGUUAUUUGGAAGUUGAAUAACAAAAUAAUAGUUCAUUUUGAUAAACCCUUCUAGAGGCGUCUCUGUUUGUUCGCCUCUCAAUCUCUGGCAUUGUGCGCUCGUGGGUUCCGCGCUCAGGAGGGGACCAUGGUAGAGCUGGAGAAGGAGGUGCUCCCGCUGCCUCCACGGUACCGGUUCCGAGACCUGUUGCUGGGUGACUGGCAGGCUGAUGACAGGGUGCAGGUAGAAUUCUAUGUGAAUGAAAACACUUUCAAGGAGCGCCUCAAGCUGUUCUUCAUCAAAAACCAAAGAUCCAGUCUGAGGGUGAGGCUGUUCAACUUCUCUCUGAAAGUAUUGAGCUGUCUCCUCUACAUGGUCAGAGUCCUACUGGACGACCCACAGGAGGAGAGGCAGGACUGUCUGGACUGUUCCAAACAGAAUGCAUCGGCCCACCCCAGCAGGACCCAGUUUGACUGGUCUCUUAUCAUCUGGGUGAAUAGGCCUCUGCCUCUGUGGGCUCUACAGGUGCUUGUAGCUUUCAUCAGCUUUUUCGAGACCAUGUUGCUUGUGUACCUCAGCUACAAGGGCAACAUUUGGGAGCAAGUGUUGCGUGUUCCCUUCAUCCUGGAGAUGAUCAGUGCUGUUCCCUUUGUGAUCACUGUGAUUUUGCCCUCCCUCAGAAAUCUGUUCAUCCCUGUGUUUCUCAACUGCUGGCUGGCCAAACAUGCCUUGGAGAACAUGAUAAAUGAUCUGCACCGGGCCAUCCAGCGUACUCACUCAGCUAUGUUCAACCAGGUCCUCAUCCUCAUCUGCACCCUGGUCUGCCUCAUGUUCACCUGUAUAUGUGGGAUCCAGCACCUAGAGCGAGCAGGAAACAAUCUGACUCUGUUUGACUCGCUCUACUUCUGCGUGGUCACCUUCUCUACUGUGGGCUUCGGUGAUGUCACGCCCCAGAUAUGGCCUUCUCAGCUGCUAGUGGUCAUCAUGAUCUGUGUGGCGCUCAUCGUGCUUCCCAUACAGUUUGAGCAGCUGGCCUUCCUGUGGAUGGAGCGCCAAAAGUCUGGGGGGAACUACAGCCGAUACAGGGCCCAGACGGAGAAGCACGUGGUGCUGUGUGUCAGCUGCCUCAAGAUAGACCUCCUCAUGGACUUCCUCAACGAGUUCUUCGCUCACCCCAGACUGCAGGACUACUAUGUGGUGAUCCUGUGCCCAGCAGAGAUGGAUGUACAGGUACGGAGGGUCCUCCACGUGCCCCUGUGGGCACAGAGGGUCAUCUACCUGCAGGGCUCCGCCCUCAAGGAUCAAGACCUCAUGAGGGCCAAGAUGGACGAUGCUGAGGCCUGUUUUAUCCUCAGUAACCGAUUCGAGGUGGACCGCUUCGCUGCUGAUCACCAGACCAUUCUAAGAGCCUGGGCAGUGAAAGACUUUGCCCCAAACUGCCCCCUGUAUGUCCAGAUCCUCAAACCUGAGAACAAGUUCCACGUCAAGUUUGCAGAUCAUGUGGUGUGUGAAGAGGAGUUUAAGUAUGCCAUGCUGGCCCUGAACUGUGUGUGUCCUGCUACCUCCACCCUCAUCACCCUGUUGAUCCACUCCUCUAGAGGACAAACAGCACCCCCAGAGGCCUUCAGGCAACAUGCAGGAGCCUUCCAGCCCCUCAACAGGGAGGGCGGGGCAUGCUCAGCUGACCAGUGGCAGCGCACCUACCGCCGCUGCUCGGCCAAUGAGGUGCAUCACAUUUGUCUGGAGGAGAGCAAGUUCUUUGGGGAGUACCAGGGGAAGAGUUUCACCUUCGCCUCCUUCCACGCACACAAGAAGUAUGGUGUGUGUCUGAUCGGAGUGCGGAGGCUGGAAAAUGCCAACAUCCUGCUGAACCCAGGUCCUGGCCACAUCAUGGGCAGCUCAGACACUUGCUUCUACAUCAACAUUUCAAAAGAGGAGAAUUCAGCUUUCGUCAGGGGCCACAGAGAGCCCACACGGGGGGGCCCCAAGGGCAGUGACAGGGGGGUGGGGCCCCAGACCAUCUACCAUGGACUCACCAGACUGCCUGUCCACAGCAUCAUCGCCAGCAUGGGCACGGUGGCCAUUGACCUGCAGGACUCCAGUGACAGCAGCCCAGACGGCCAGGGCCCGGGGGGCAUGACCGUGGGCAGUGGGGGAGGUGAAGGUGGCAGGGCCAGCCGGACAGAGGGGGGGUUGGGGGGCGCUAACACCCUCGCCCUCCCAGCCGCAGCAGACUCUACCGAGGAGAGACGCCACAGCAUCGCCCCUGUCCUGGAGCUGGUGGACGGGGUCAACUCAGCAACCUUCGACCCGCUGGGGGACCAAUCAGAGGACGAGGGCAGGGACGAGGGGAAGGAUGAUGGGGACGGAGACGAGAAUGGCCAGUGUUGGGGUGGACGCUGCGAGUGGGUGAAGGGGUACCCGCUGAACUCUCCGUACAUUGGCAGUUCCCCUUCCUUGUGUCACCUGCUGCAGGAAAAAAUGCCCUUCUGCUGCCUGCGCCUGGACAAGGCCUGCCACCACAUCCCGUUCGAGGACGCUCGGUCGUAUGGAUUUAAGAACAAGCUGAUCAUCGUGUCGGCGGAGAGUGCAGGAAACGGCCUGUACAACUUUAUCGCGCCCCUGAGGGCUUACUACCGCCCCAAGAAAGAGCUCAACCCCAUCGUGCUGCUACUGGAGAACAUACCCGAGCCAGACUUCCUGGAGGCUAUCUGCUGGUUCCCCAUGGUGUUCUACACAGUGGGCUCCAUUGACAACCUAGACAGUCUGCUGCGUUGUGGGGUGACGUUUGCUGACACCAUGGUGGUGGUUGACAAGGAGAGCUCCAUGAUCGCUGAGGAGGACUACAUGGCCGACGCCAAGACCAUAGUCAACGUCCAGACCCUCUUUAGACUGUUCCCAGCCCUCAGCAUCAUCACUGAGCUCACCCACCCAGCCAACAUGCGCUUCAUGCAGUUCAAAGUCAAAGACCACUACUCCCUGGCUCUCUCCAAGCUGGAGAAGAAAGAGAGAGAGAGGGGCUCCAACCUGGUCUUCAUGUUUCGUCUACCCUUCGCUGCUGGGAAGGUGUUCAGUGUCAGCAUGCUGGAUACUCUACUGUAUCAGUCCUUUGUGAAGGACUACAUGAUUUCCAUCACCAGACUGUUGCUGGGACUAGACUCCAUGCCUGGCUCAGGCUUCCUCUGUGCUAUGAAGAUCACUGAGGAGGACCUGUGGAUCCGCACCUAUGGUCGACUCUACCAGAAACUGUGCUCCUCCACUGGUGACAUCCCCAUCGGCAUCUACCGCACUGAAGCCCAAAAGUUACCAGUCUCUGAGUCCCAGGUGUCCAUCACAGUGGAGGACUACGAGGACACCAGAGAGCCCAGAGAGCCCCUGCUGUCCCGGAGGGGUCCCCACCGCAACUCCACCUCUUCCGAGCCCCCCUCCUCUUCCUCCCACUCCUCGGACCACCCCCUCCUCCGGCGGAAGAGCAUGCAGUGGGCCAGAAGGCUGAGCAGGAAGGGGGGUCGGGGGCCCAGCGGGUCGAAGGGGGUCACAGGAAGCGCUGCGGAGAGGAUCAGCCAGCAGAGACUGACCCUGUUCAGACGCUCUGAGAGACAGGAGCUCAACUCUCUGGUCCGCACACGCAUGAAACACCUGGGCCUCUCAGCCACAGGAUUCAAUGGGAUGACGGACCAGGGCAACAGGUUGUCUUACAUCCUCAUCAACCCCUCUCCUGACACCAGGCUGGAGCUGCACGAUGUGGUGUACUUGAUCAGACCAGACCCUCUGUCUCUGUUGCCUAACCAGGGGGGCACUAGGAAGGUCAGCAACAGCCGCUCCGAGGGCCACAGGUUCGACACACAGAACAGCACCCAUUUGUGA